AUGCCUUCGGUCAAGAUCGGGGCUAUUGACAUCGAGUUUCCUUACGAGCCAUAUGAUUGUCAAAAGAAAUAUAUGGAGAGCGUUAUUGCGUCUCUAGUGCAGCGUCAGCAUGCGAUUCUGGAAUCUCCAACUGGAACAGGGAAGACGCUUUGUCUUCUUUGUGCCUCGCUUGGUUGGUUAGAGUACUCCCUUGCUCAGCAGCAGUUGAAACAAUUGGAGCAGCCUUGGGAUGGCAGAAACGAUAGUGCGCCGCCCAGUUGUUCGAGUAAAUUCGACGCCCCUUUGAUUAUCUUCUCCUCGCGGACGCACGCACAGCUUAAUCAAGCCAUACAGGCUUUCAAAAAUACCGCCUAUUCCAGCCACAAAAUCGGCGUUUUAGGUUCUCGCGACCAGCUCUGUUCGCUACCCGAAGUCAUCAAUUUGGAAACCAACUCAGCAAAAGUCUACCAGUGUCGACUUCGUGUGUCCACCCGAACCUGCGAAUACUACCGCAACUUUGAUGCAAACAGAGAGAAACUGUUGGACACAAUGAAGACCUCAAAAAUAACCGAUAUCGAGGACCUGGCGAAGUUUGGUCGAGAACACCGUGCCUGCGCGUACUACUUGUCACGGGAGGCAAAGGUCGAUGCUGAGGUUCUUUUCAUGCCCUACAAUUACCUCCUCGACGUGAAAAUCCGAACUUUGUAUGGAAUCGAAUUGACGAAUGCAGUUGUUAUUUUCGACGAGGCUCAUAACAUCGUAAGUCAUCAGUGCUUCGCUACUCCCCGCCUCCUAUUUGCGAAAUUGGCUGCGAUCGGGCUACCAAGCGUGCUCACUCUGAAAGGCCAGCUGAUUGAACUGGAGCGGCUGCUUGACGGCAUCGGCGAAACUGCUUCAGCGAAUGGACUGAUCAAACCUGGCGAUUAUGUGUUCGAAUUGCUCGGACAGGCUGGUAUCACGUCGGCCAAUCACUCGCAAACACAGGAUCUCAUCAACCAAAUAAUCACUGCGUCCAUUUCUCUAGAUGUUGCAAAAUUUAGAAGAGGUCGCGGUCUAACUCAUGUCGCUGAAUUCCUCCAGAAAGUCUUUGUCGAUCACUCUGGGGUUGGUAAUAUCGGGAAACCUCUGUCGCAGGUUGCUCGUCAACAAUCAGCAAGCUGUUAUCGUGUGCAUAUUAAAGUCGAAUUGGUGGCCCCCAAGUUCAAAGAUGGCGGUGAUGUUUGGGCGACAACCAUGCAAAUUGGCGGGAACGCCAAGGGAACCAGAAACGUCUGCCUCAGCUACUGGUGUCUCACGCCUGGACGAGCUAUGCACGAAUUGUUGGCGCUGAAUGUGCGCAACAUAAUUCUCACGAGCGGGACUUUGUAUCCAAUUCAAGCCCUCCAAGCGGAAUUAGACUUACAGUCCGCAGUGGUUCUGCAGAAUCCGCACGUCAUAAACGCGGAUCAGCUUUUCGUUGCGGUGCUUCCGAGAGCUCCAGAUGGCGGGUCGCUCAAUUCUGGUUUCAAUUUCCGCGAGGACCCUGCCUACCACAGAUCCCUCGGUCUUUCUCUCGUCAACUUGUGUCGCGUGGUGCCUGGCGGUGUUCUGGUCUUCUUCCCCUCGUAUGCGCUGAUGAAGAAGUGCAGCGACGCGUGGCAGAACUCCGACGUGUACAACAAACUGCUUGACCACAAGAAGCUCUUUUUUGAGCCGCGGGACAAGACGGAAUUCCAACAGAUAACUCUUCGUUACACCGAAGCUGCAACCGCCGGCGGGUCAGUGUUGUUCUCGGUGAUGCGUGGCAAGGCGAGCGAGGGCCUUGAUCUCGCCGAUCACACCAGUCGCGCAGUCGUCGUCAUCGGAAUCGCCUACCCGCCACGCGACGACCCGCGGAUUAAGAUUAAGAUGGCGUUUCUGGACGAACGAAGGUUCCAAAGCGGUUCUGGCGUGUACAAGGACCUCCCCACUGGCAGGCAGUGGUACCAGCUGCAGGCCUGGCGGGCUGUCAAUCAGGCCGUUGGAAGGUGCGAAAUCGGUUGA